AUGCACCCUAAAUUGGAUAUUUGUGAAGACCACCCUCUUGGCAUAUUAUGCAAGUGUGCAGAAUACCAGGAAAUAGGAAACAAAUUUAUCUUUUAUAGUGUUGGUACAGAAAACUAUUUACUGCCCAAAAUGAACGUAGAACCAAUUGCUUCGGCAAAAAUAUUGUGGAGAAAAAAUCGUUUGAAUUUUAAUGAAGAUUUUUCGAAACCAAUGCUUCUUUAUCCUGAAGAAAAAACAGAUAUUAAUCCUUGUAAUGUAGACAAAAUGUGGAUACCUAUUUUAUCAGAUUUAAUUCCACUAAAAUUUGUAAUAAAUAAACAUAAAAAUGUAUUUGGUAAAUGA